CGCGUUACCUAGUAAGGCUCCGCCUAUCGUUACGUCAUAUAGUGGCGCUCAGGAAGCGACAAGAGAAGUUCCAUGCUUGUGUUGUGUGUUUCACUGGCCUGGAACGCAAGCCUUCAUCAAAAUGUUUAACUGUGAUGACGACCUGAAAGCAUAUGAGGACGAACUGUACCAUGAGGAGACAUCCAGUGAUGAAAGCAUUGACAGUGAAUUGGAAUUUCACCUCUACAGUCAACUGCAUUAUUCACAAAACCUCAGUGAAUCCAAUCUUGAAGAGGAGGAGGAUGCUGGUGGGGAUAGUGUAGGAUGUUUGUCAGGUGCCCAGCAACAGACAAAUGUUUGUACUGUCAAAGAUGGUAAAGAAGUAGACCUGAUUAUUUUAUCUGAUAGUGAUGCCUCUCCUGUCAUAAUCCUGUCUGACACUGCAGAAGAAGAGAGCGUAUAUAGAAGCAAGGUAAAAAAGAAGUCUUCCAGUACUUACGUACAAGAAGAAAAUUCCCACUGUGGCCCGUACUCUCAUUCUACUCCCAAAGUUUCCACACCUCAAAGUAAUAAUUUUAAAAAUAAGAGGUCCUGCCAACAUAGUUCCAGAAAAAGCUACAGUGGUGGAUAUGUCCAAGAAGUUCUAGUUAUAAGAGGAAGUUCAGAAGAUGAAGAAGCCAAAAAAUCAGAGGAAGAUCUCAGUGUGUCAGAAAGUGACAUGAGUGAUGUGGAAAACUGGAUGCUGCUUGGCAGGGCAAAAGAGGAUGGAGAUGCAAGUAUUCAGCUAAACCUUAAAGGUUAUAAAAACUUACCCAAUGAUGAAGGAGAAAGAGGAGCAGAAUGGUCCAUCAGUGAAAAGGAUUCAGAGGCCCAUAUUGGUAACUAUACUCCUCUAAGACGAUCCAAUCGCUAUUAUACAGACAAGGACGUUGUUUGUAGAAACUGUGAUAAACGAGGACAUUUAUCUAAAAACUGCCCUGUACCUAAGAAACUGCCAGCCUGUUGUCUCUGUGGUGAGAGAGGGCACCUCCAAAACUCCUGCCCAGCACGGUACUGUUUAAACUGCUUUCUGCCAGGGCAUUUCUUUAAGGAAUGCAUUGAGCGAGCUUACUGGAGGAAGACUUGUCAUCGUUGUUCUAUGACUGGUCACUAUGCUGAUGCUUGCCCAGAAAUCUGGAGGCAGUACCACCUAACGAAUAAAGCUGGACCAAUCAAAAAACCCAAGUCCUACACUGGCCAAAAGGAUAUUGUUUACUGCUGUAACUGUGCUAAGAAAGGCCACUGCAACUAUGAAUGUGAAGAAAGGAGGAUGCACAGUGACAACUUCCCUACCUGUCAGCUUGUGUUUACUUAUGACCGUGAACAUGAUAUCUGGAAAAGAAAUGAACGAGCAAAAAGCAAGAUUAAAGAUCUCCAGGAAGCAGGCCUUCUGACAUGGGAGAUAGGGGAAUACAACGAAAGCAAGGAAGAUGCUAAGCCACCUGCCAAGAGAAGGAAAAAGAAACGUCCUAGUAAAAAAAAGAAGCAGGGUACCCUCAUGGAUGAAGAAUGUGCAGAGACAAAGCAAACGAAGAAGCGUAAGAAAAAAAGAUCUGGCCUUCAAGAAACAGAGGAGGAUUUCCCCCGUGGACGCCCCAAUGAUUACUUAAAGUAUAAAAAAUCUUCAAAGAAGCAUGAUGGCAGCAACCUGUUCAAGGAAGACAAGAAAAAUUUGCUUAAAAAAGGCUGGAGGAAGAAACAUAAGGGCAAAAAGGGAGACAGUUGUGCUGUUGACCAGGACUUGCUCAUAAUUAAACAGAAGAAAAAGAAUUCAAAGAAAAGGGUUGACUAGUCACAAAGCAGCACUGCAUGAACAGAUGUAAUUGGAUAUUAUAAUACCUUCCAUAUACUGGAACCAUAAUCUGCAGGAACACAACAUAUUGUGGAGAUCCCUGUUUCUCCAGAUCUAAGUUAAUAUCACAUAUAACAAGCCUUUGAGCUGAUAAUUUAAAGAAACUAUAUAAAUUUUUUAUUAAUGUAUUUUAUAUAUGGGUAUGGAUUCUUAAUAUUGUACUACGAGCAACCACCUUAUAAUAAGGGACUCAGUGUUUUACAGUGUAUAUGCUGCUUCUCUAUUCAUUCACAAAUACACACAUAACAUACAUUGUUUUACAACUCAUUGUACGGGUUUGGUUUCAGUAGCAAGGAAGAAUUUCUUUUCUUUUCUUGCCAAACUUCACCUAAUCACAGUUUUGCUUUAGAUGUGCUUAUAAGGUGGUUUCAGUAGAGUGGCAAAUACGGCUAAGCUGCUGAAAACUGUACAGUAUCUGUACAUUCAAAUACAUCCGGUUCUGAUAGGAACAUUUUUCAGUGUGUAUCAGUGAGCUCUUUUGAAGGAUCAAUUCAUCUGUCCCUUUAAAAGAGAAUGGUAUAAUUGGGAAACAUUUAUAUGGUCCCAGGAAAAUUUGUUCAGUAUUUUUAUAUACCGUAUGUACUGUAACCUUAUGUACUUUAGAACGUUUAAAACAAAUACUUAUUUUAGCAGUUAGAUUUAGGGAUACAAGUGCCAAGGGGGCCAAGUUCUGUGUAUUCCUAUAUUCUUAGAUUCAUCAUGACCUGUUUCUUUACAUACUAUGCUUUAGAAAGGUGCAGAUAGUUGUUGGUUUUGCAUACAUUUACCUAGGUCUAGCUUUUUGAGGUUAAAAAUCAUCUUUGGUUCUUAAAGGGAAAUUUAAAGAAUAAGUAAAUGAACUUAAAAGAAUACGUAAGCCUUUUUUUAAUCUCUAAAAUUGCUCUGAAUAGUGCCCUGAAUAACAUCUUUUCUCCCUGCAUUCAGUUUCAUGUCAUUUCUAAAUUACAAGUUGAAAAUUGCAGCUCAUUUCAGCUACUUCCUGGUCUACAAUGAAGCUCUGCCCCCUUUUCUUUUCUGAGCUCUCCUUGUCUCUUUGAGCAUGAUGGUUAGAUAGGUGCCUACUGUGCGUGCCUGAUUGCUUUUUAUUGAAGCAGAGGCAGCAAGCAUGCACGGCAGACACCGUUUUGACUGUUUACAGUCAGACAGAGCAGGAAAGCUCAGAGAAGCAAAGGGGCGGAGCUUCACAAUAGACUAGGAAGUAGCUAAGAGAGCUGAAGUUGAGCUGUUAGUGAUACAAAAUCUGCUGGGAGAAAAGGUAUGUUCUUCUGGGAGCUUUUGUGAGUAUUUUGGGGGAUUUUAAAGUCAAAAGGCUUGCGUAACCUUUAAGUACACCCCAAAUAAGUAUGCAGAUUUUUUAUUGGUUUUCUGUGUUGUUUUCAUCCUGCAGAUACUUGUCUUCAAAACACCUCCUUACAUUGUUUGUGCCAUUGAAAUAAUACAAAUUGUAUUGCAGAUGUUAAACAUUUGAGUCUUGAGGAGAUUAUUAGUCCCUAACACUUAAAAUGGCCACACAUUAUAUUUCAUGUUGAUAUUAAAGCAAUGCAAUUAAUUGUAUCUCAAGAAAUAAAUAAAAUCUUCCAUGUGCAA